AUGGACAACUCCCCCAAACAUCCCCGGGACAUAGAAGAGGACGUAAUUAGAACGUUAAAUGAAGAUGAGGAGCUCGCGGCCAACCUCAAAGCCCCCCAGCCGGAAACUCUGUUGUCUGUUGUGGACGACGAGACCAAAGGCAACAUAAGACCAGCACCGACAAUCAUUGAAUCUCGACAUCUGACGAAACGACAGCUCUCAGAUAUGGCCUAUAAUGUGCGCAAGCUAUCUAAGAAGCUGGGCAGCAUCAGACUCAAGCUCACAGUCAAGAAUGUCUUUGUGGUAUGCAAGGCGCAGGACGAAUCACUGGUUAGCCUGACUCGGAAAGUGACUAGGUGGCUACUCUCUAAAGACCGAGACUCCCUUUACGUGGUCUAUGUUGAGCGCCGACUGGAGACGCACCCGGAUUUUGGAGCGUUGCAACUAGUCGAGGACGAGCCCUCUGCGCAGGACCGGCUCAAGUACUGGGAUCCUAAGCUUGCACAUGAACGCCCCCAUCUGUUUGAUUUUGUGAUCACACUCGGCGGUGAUGGCACUGUUCUCUACACCAGCUGGCUGUUCCAGCGUAUCGUGCCGCCGGUGCUUUCUUUCGCGCUGGGCUCAUUAGGCUUCCUGACCAAGUUCGACUUUGCGGAUUACCAAAAGACACUUGAGACUGCGUUCCGGGAGGGCGUGGUCGUCAGUCUUCGAUUACGGUUUGAAUGUACCAUCAUGCGCAGCAAAGCGCGCGCCAAAGACCCGGAUGCGCGAACUUUCUCAAAUCGAGAUUUGGUAGAGGAAUUGAUUGGAGAGGAAGGGGAAGACACACUGACGCAUACUCCGGAUCGGGUGUAUGAGAUUCUGAACGAUGUCGUUCUCGACCGCGGGCCAAACCCAACCAUGUCUCAAAUUGAACUCUUCGGCGACGAUGAGCAUUUCACCACCCUGCUUGCAGAUGGAAUCUGCAUUGCUACCCCAACCGGCUCGACGGCUUACAACCUCGCUGCUGGCGGGUCUCUUUCUCACCCGGAGAACCCUGUCAUUCUUGUCACCGCAAUCUGUGCUCACACGCUAUCCUUCCGGCCGAUCAUUUUACCAGAUACCAUUGUCUUACGUAUGGGUGUACCGUACGAUGCGCGGACGAGCUCGUGGGCUAGUUUCGAUGGACGCGAGAGGGUCGAGCUACACCCCGGCGACUACGUGACAGUGUCAGCGUCAAGAUAUCCCUUUGCCAAUGUCUUACCUCACGGUGGGCAGGGUGAAGACUGGGUGCAUAGUAUUUCCAAGACGUUGAAUUGGAACUCGCGACAGAAGCAAAAGAGUUUCAAGUAA